AUAAAAGCAGCUCCAGAAGUAGUUAUUUCAUCAGCACCGGCACUGUCACCACGACAUCGGCCAAGAUGAGGGUCACCGGAGUUAUUAUCAGUUUUUUCAUCUGCUGCGCUUUACCCAGCAUUUUCUGCGAUGACUACAUAGUGGAGGUCAAGCAGGGCCAGCUGGCUGGUCUACUGGAGAAGGAUAUCACAGGAGAUUAUGACUUCUACAGCUUUAGAGGCAUCCCUUACGCGAAACCACCUGUCGGCAAACUUAGAUUCAAGGCACCUCAAGAGGCUGAUUCGUGGUCUGGGGUAAGAGAUGCAUCGCAGCACGGAAAUGUGUGUCCUCAAUUUAACCCGAUCAGUAACCAAUACAAUUAUGGCAGCGAAGACUGUUUGUUCCUUAACGUUUACACACCAACCCUCAACACCACUGAGUCUCUGCCAGUAUUGGUCUACAUUCACGGUGGUGCGUAUCUGUUCGGCGAUGGUAAUGACAACUUAUACAGACCGGAUUUCCUUGUCUCUAAAGAUGUAGUAGUGGUCACAUUAAACUACAGACUGGAAACAUUAGGAUUCUUAUCUUUGGGAACAGAAGAGGUUCCUGGUAACGCUGCAUUGAAAGAUCAAGUUUUAGCUCUUAAGUGGGUUCAAGAGAACAUUGCUAAGUUUGGAGGCAAUCCCAAGGAAGUGACAAUCCUGGGAGGCACUGCUGGAGGAUCUUCUGUUGCUUACCACAUCAUUUCACCGAUGGCUAAAGGAUUGUUCAAAAGAGCUAUUUCUAUGAGUGGAGCUCCAUCUUGUGACUGGGCUAGCACUUAUCACCCUGAAGAGAGAGGCUUCCAGCUUGCCAAAAUGCUGCGCGGUGAUGAAAAAGAAAUCACUGAUAAGACUGAACUUCUUGAAUACUUGCAAGGUGUGCCACCCGAACAGUUGAUUAAUGUUCAGCCACGAGUUUUGGCAUCAGAAAAAGUCAGGAACGUUUUAUUCAAAAUGGAAUACUUCACGCCAAUCAUCGAAAUAGAUUUUGGCAAAAAUGAAAACUUCAUCACCAAGGAUCCAUUCAAAUCCCUUACAAAAGAAGACGUUAAUGACGUUGAAGUUAUGUUCAGUUACAACGGCCAAGAAGCUCUCUUGCUAGUCGACCUCUACAAUGCGUCCUUGAUAUCACAAUACUACACUUACGAUGAAAUGUUUGUGCCAGACAAACUUGCGCACAAUAUUUUACCAAGUCAGAACUUAGAGAUCGCCGAAGAGAUCGUCAAGUACUACUUCGGAGACAAAAAAGUGAGCAAUGAAAACAUCGCUGAAUUCAUUAACUACGCCAGCUUCGCUAGCAUUAACUACGAUGUCCAGAGAUUCUUUAGAAAAAUCUCCAAAUUCGUGAAAUCUUACUUCUUCAAAUUCUCUUACUUCACAUCAAGAAACGUCUACGGUAGUGCCGGCAGCAAAUACGGCCUCGGACAAACUUCCCACUUCGAUGAAGUAUUCUACCUGUUCCAUUCCAAAGACCUUAACCUCCCUGUAGACAAGAACAGCAAGGAAUACGAGCUGAUACAGACCAUAACCACUGCCAUCACCAACUUCGCUAAAUACGGAAACCCGAGCCCAAGCGAAUCCUCAAUUGGAAUCACCUGGUCCGAGUACAACACCGACACCAAGUACUACGUGGACUUCACCAACGAUGCUCUGGUCGUCGGCCAAGAUGCUGAUGGCAAAGACAUCGACUUCUGGGAAAGCAUCUUCACUCGCGUCGGUAUCAAAUUCUAAGUCAAUGGAUGAUUGUCUUACAGUUAACGAAAAGCUGGCAUUGAAAAUUUUACAUGGAUCUAUUUUAUUUUUAUUAAAUUAUGUUUUCAUGUAA